GCAGUUACAAUCGCCCGUGAAGCCACGGAAACUGCGGCUAUGUUGAGAACAGGUCUGAAUGACAUUUCUAAACUCCGAGAAGCGAUUCAAGACGCUCAAAAGGAUUCGGACCGUGCUUCCCUUCUCAACUGGUUGAGCUGCGUAGACCCGUCAUCAAACUUCAACUCAGCUCGCGACAAGCAUCAAGCCGGAACGGGCGAUUGGCUCUUACGGAGCAAUGUUUUUCGGAGAUGGAAGACUGUAGAGAAUUCUUUGAUGUGGCUCAAUGAAAAGCCGGGUUCAGGAAAAUCGGUUCUCAGCUCUACAGUCAUCCAUCACCUCGAAUAUGUUCGGAAACAGGAUCCAACAGUAGCACUGGCAUAUUUCUAUUUCACUUUUAACGAAAAGGAGAAACAAACCACUCGUGGAAUGAUUACAUCUUUCAUCAAGCAAUUAUGUUAUUGUUGUCCCGAUAUUCCCGAGGCUGUCCAGGAACUUUCCAACUAUCAGACGCAAGGCCACACUCCAGAUCUUGAGACACUUGAAAAGACACUGCUAGUUACCAUGGAUGGUUUUUCCAGCGUGCUUUUGCUCGUGGAUGCAUUGGACGAAUGCCCUUUCCAGAAUAACGAGCGAAAGAAACUUUUGUUAUCCCACCGCCGCAUCCAUCGACAAUCGCCAAGUAACCUGCACUUGCUGUGUACUAGCCGGAGAGAGGAGGAUAUCGAAGCAGUGAUCAAACCCCUUCUCCCUAGUGGGAGCUUAUUUGACUGCCCCGAAAAUUCCGAUGACUUCGAUGUUGAGCUCAGUGCCUGGAAGAUAUCCAUGGACUCCGAUAUUGGUAUUCUCGUCGAAAAAGCUUUGGCGUCAGAAGACUUUCGAAUCUGGCCCGAAGAUUCAAAACAGGAGGCGGAACGAAUGUUAUUCAAGAAUGCGGAUGGGAUGUAA